AUGAUGGUAAUUUUAGAGGGUUUUGGGAUUUUUCGCGCGUUUUUUCUGUCCAAUUGAGCUAUUUGUUUUUAAUGGAUAGAAUUGGCGAGCAUAGAUAAACGUAUUUAUUUUUUAGAACAUGUCAGGUGAACCUAUCGACGUUGAUCCAGCUGUGGCGCCAGAAACCGCAUCUGAACCGGCACCAGCCGAGCAAGUUGCUCAUGCCGAAGCGAAUGAGAACAACGCCGUCGCAGCGGAUAGUGGAGUCCCUGCUGAGGCUCCAGCUCCUGUUGCUGCUGCUCCAGCUCCCGAUGUUGCCAACAAGAAAGACGUAAUUUCCCUCACAUUAUUCGCUAUUAUGUUUAGGACGAACCCGUUCAAAAUGCUCUGCAGUCAAUCCCCACCAGACAAUACCUCGACCAGACUGUCGUUCCCAUUCUUCUUCUUGCUCUUGGUUCUCUGGCGAAGGAGAGACCAGCCGAUCCUAUCGAGUACGUUGCUAACUACUUGCUGAAGGAGAAGAGUCGCUUUGCCGGUGGUCGAGCGGUCAACGAACAACAACCUAACAAUUAA